CGGUCCGACCCCAGAGACCUGCCACGGCUCGCGCCUAGAGCUCCCUCCCCACCCCCUUCUUCGCCGUGCGAAUAACGGUGACACCAGGCGCGCGGCCGAGUAUUAAAGUGGCUGCGGGCGGUAGCGGGCCUGAGGUUCGCCCCGGGCAGCGUUGGAUUGUUCUGAAGUCCAGAUCUCUUCAAAGACUGCUUGACUGGUUGGAAAUUAUGCUAGUAAACCACUACCAACUGGAAACCAUGAAGCAACAUUUUACAUAAUUGAGAUUGAAAUUAUGGCAUCUUCAACAAAUCUAGAUGUUGGGGCACAGAUAAUUGUGGAAGAGUGCACCAGCAGCUAUAGUCUGUCUCACAUGCCAGACAUUAAAGUAGAGCAUCAGCUUGACUCCACCACUGAAGAAGGCCCAGCUCAGAGUGUCGCCAUGGGAAUGAAAUUCAUUUUGCCUAAUAGAUUUGAUAUGAAUGUCUGUUCUCGGUUUGUGAAGUCAUUGAAUGAAGAAGAUAGUAAAAAUAUUCAAGACCAGGUCAACUCUGACCUUGAAGUGGCAUCUGUCUUAUUUAAAGCUGAAUGCAACAUCCAUACUUCCCCUUCUCCUGGAAUUCAAGUAAGACAUGUCUACACCCCAUCAACAACUAAACAUUUUUCGCCCAUAAAACAGUCAACUACUUUAACUAACAAACAUAGGGGAAAUGAGGUCUCUACAACACCUCUCCUUGUAAAUUCUCUGUCAGUUCACCAGCUGGCUGCUCAAGGGGAAAUGCUUUAUUUGGCCACACGUAUUGAACAAGAAAAUGUAAUCAACCAUAAAGAUGAAGAAGGUUUUACCCCUCUGAUGUGGGCCGCAGCGCAUGGGCAGAUAGCAGUGGUAGAGUUUCUGCUUCAGAAUGGUGCAGAUGCUCAGAUUUUGGGGAAAGGGCGAGAAAGUGCACUCUCAUUGGCCUGUAGUAAGGGAUACACAGAUAUUGUCAAAAUGCUGCUUGAUUGUGGAGUUGAUGUAAACGAGUAUGACUGGAAUGGAGGGACACCUCUUCUAUAUGCAGUACAUGGAAACCAUGUGAAAUGUGUAAAAAUUCUCUUAGAAAAUGGUGCUGAUCCAACUAUUGAGACAGAUUCUGGCUAUAAUUCCAUGGAUUUGGCUGUGGCUUUAGGCCAUCGGAGCGUUCAACAGGUUAUUGAGGCUCAUUUAUUGCAGCUCCUUCAAAAUAUCAAGGAGUAAUGGCCUGCUGUUAAUAGAAAAUUGUUCCAGGCCUGAAGAUUUGGACUGUGUUUUAGCCCCACAAUCAGUGAUAAAGGCUUGUUAACUUAUUUAACUUUAUCUCAGUGAAAAUAUUUGCUGGUUUUAGUCAGAUUUUAGUAUAUUUUAUGUAUUUCACUGAUGUUCAUAGACAUCUCUGAUCAUUGAUCCUUUUGUAAAUGUAUUUUAUGUAAAUUUUAAAAAAUUUAAUCGGUGUGUGUUGCAUGAAAACCUUGAAUAAAAAUAUAAUUAUAGCAGCAUAAAUGUUCACAUUAAGUACAGUAGUUCACUUUCUACAGAGUAUUCCACUAGGUUGUGUCAAUGAUAUGGUAUCCACAUAGACUUCGUUUUAGAUUUUUAGGUGUGUACCACAGAAGAUAAGUGUCUUUAUUGUUUAUAGGACAAAAAAAGUGCACAAUGUGUGGUUGUUUACAAAUUCUUAUGCAGUUGAAUUAAAAUACUUUGUCAAUUUCUGUAUUUGUCUGAUUAAACUGUUUUUUUGGGGGGGGGAAAGCAAUUCGGCAUUGGGAGCUCAAUUCCGCUCAGUAGUUUGCCCCAAAGGAUUUAAGGACCUAAAUCAGAAACAGACUCUCUGCUCUGCUUCUUUUUUGCCAGUCAGGUGGUGCAGAGACAGCAUCCCCUUAGCUGGGAUUCCCCUGGCGUUGGGGAGUCCCCAGCAGUCUUAGACCCAGCAUACCUGGCUCCUAAACCACCCUCUUCAGAGUGCCUGGCAUAGUGGAUGUCAGUGAUCGGUGGGGCAGGGGGGAGAAGAGUACCUAGAGAGCACUGUACCUCAGCCAGCUAUUUUCAGCUGAGAUAGUCCCUUGAGUAUCUCCUUGCCAGCUGAUGCAGAUUUAGAGCAGUCAUUAGGCCAAUUUAACCUGCACUGGGGAAAGGCAGAGAAUCAGGAAGGGUGACUGGUUCCCUGGUAGGCUCCCCUCUGCUUUGCCAAGUCUAAACUCAAAAAGGCAAAGAAUGUGAUUCUUUAUCUUUGCACAAACAACAAAUCAGCUUCUGAAACAGAAUGUUAGUGUUAUGGAUUCUUAGCACUGUUUUUCCACUACAUGUCCCUUACACUAUGCUGUUUAAGAAUUAUCCUCAAAAAUAUAACAGGAUGAAAUUAACACCACGUAAAAUGUCAGAACAAAGGGCUUGGGAAGGCCCAUGGACCCCCAGACUAGUCCUUGGGUCAGAGCCAGAGAUAUAAUAAAAUACAAAAUACUGGUUUCAUCGUUUCAAAGUGAAUGAAACAACCAGGGGGCAAAUUUAAAUAGCUACAUGAAUUUAGCUUGAAUUCGGGCCCAAUUCUCCCCUAACUUACACUGUACCUUCACUGAGGUUGUACCAGGUGUAAGUCAGGGCAGAAUUUUGGUUGCUAGGAAAGCCAGUUAAACAUCUGUGACAGUGAGUUCUCUUUCGGAGAGUCAAAACCUUAGAGUGAACCAUAAAGAAGGAGCUUUGAACAGAAGAAUGUCAUUGAUCUUCAUGGUUUGCUAAAAUCCUAGCUAACGCUGACUGAGCAUUAUUAUUAUGUGUACCACUUCAUCUUUCAACAUCUUUAACUGCCCUUUUUCUUAUGUGGGUGAGGUCACGACCUUCUCUCUCUAAUAUCCUGGGACCAACACAGCUACAACUACAGUACAUACUUUUUCUUACGUAGCAUUUAUAUCUCUUGCAUCCCAUCACGGCUCUAGUUAAAUUGUAUAUAUUCAUCAAGUAAAAAGAACACCAAAUCUGAGGUCGAGGGGGGAGGAAGGUAAAAAUGUUCUAUUAUAAUUUUUAGAAAUAUAUUAGCAAGUUUUUAAAUCUAUCUAUUGCUUGUAAUGUGAGUAAACUCUUUAAUAAUAAUAAUAAUAAAAA